CUCUAAAAAUCAUGUGAGGAAAAAAGGGUAGCAAAGUUAGUGAAGAGAGAGUUCGAUCAUGGCGGAGUGUGCAGUCAAGUUUCUGCUUGACAAGCUUGCACCGCUUUUUGAAAAUGAUUUGCAACUUUUGAGAGGAGGGGUUAGGGAGGAAAUUGUGUAUCUAAGAGGAGAGCUGGAGCGGAUGACAGCUUUUCUGAGGGUUGCUGAUGCAUAUGAAGAGAGUGAUGAAGAACUCAAAGUAUGGGUCAAACAACUAAGAGAUAUUGCUCACGACAGUGAAGAUGUUCUUGAUGAAUUUACACUUCUGCAGGCGCAUAAUCAUGGAGAGGGGUUAUAUGGUUCACUUCAUAGACUUUCUUGCUGCAUUAAGAACACAAAGGCUCGGUACCGAAUUGCUUCUGAAUUACAAGGCAUCAACUUGAGAAUCAGAAAAAUCUCAGAGGUUCAUAAAAGACUCCGUCACAAAUUCAGUGUGGCUGAUCAAGGUGCAGGGUCCAACACUGCAUGCAAUACAUGGGAUGACCAUCAAGGCGAUGCUCUACUUUUAGAGAAGACUGAUAUUGUGGGCAUUGACAAGCCCAUGAAGCAGCUGAUUGAGUGGCUAGUCAGGGGUGGUUCUGGACGUGAAGUAGUUUCUGUGGCUGGAAUCGGAGGGAUGGGGAAAACAACCCUGGCCAAGCAAGUCUAUGAUGCUGCAGAAGUGAGGAAACAUUUCAAAGUUCGUGCUUGGAUCACUGUUACUCGGGCUUUCAAACUUGGAGAACUCUUAAAAGACAUGGUUCAUCAACUUUACAGCGCAAUUCGCAGGCCAGUACCAGAUGGAAUCAAUAACACGAACAACAAUCACUUGAAAACAAUAAUCAAGGAGUUUCUGCAGAAAAGGAGGUAUCUCAUUGUUUUAGAUGAUGUAUCACACUUGCAUGGAUGGGAUGCUGUGAAAUAUGCAUUGCCUAACAAUACUUCUGGAAGCCGAGUCAUUCUCACUACUCGAAAUUCAGAAGUAGCCUCUUCAACCAGUGUGGAGUCUGGAGGGAAAGUCUACAAUUUGGAGCCUUUACCCCAAACGGAGUCUUGGGAACUUUUAUGCAAGAAGACAUUCCAGGGGAAAUCAUGCCCUCCUCAUUUAGAGGAAAUUUGUACUUAUGUAUUAAAGAAAUGUGAGGGAAUGCCCCUCGCAAUAGUUGCAGUCAGUGGCGUAUUAUCAACCAAGGACAAGCGUCGGAUUGAUGAGUGGGAUAUGGUUUGCCAUAGUCUUGGAGCUGAAAUUGAAGGCAAUGACAAAUUGAGAGACUUGAGAAAAGUACUUUCUCUCAGUUUCAAUGAUUUACCGUACUAUCUGAAAUCUUGCUUCUUGUACCUGAGCAUCUUUCCAGAGGAUUAUCUAAUUGAGCACAUGAGGCUUGUUCGAUUAUGGAUGGCGGAGGGAUUUGUUGAACCAAAAGAUGGCCAUACAUUGGAAGAAGUAGCAGAGGACUACCUCAGUGAACUACUGAAUAGAGGCAUGAUUCAAGCAGCUGACACAACAUCUGAUGGAAGGGUCAAAAACAUUCGUGUUCAUGAUCUUUUCCGAGAGAUUAUCACCUCUAAGAUAAGGGAUCAGAAUUUUGCCACAAUAUCAAAAGAGCAAAAUCUUUCCUGGCCUGAUAAAGUACGACGCCUGUCAUUGCACAACUCCAUGCAAUAUGUGCAGAAAAACAGGUGUGUUUCUCAACUGCGCACUCUAAUUUUGUUUAGAGUUGUUGAGAAGCCGUUACUGCAUAAGUAUUUUCCUGGUGGGUUCAGACUUCUUAAUGUUCUAGAUUUGCAAAAUGCGCCUCUAAAUGUUUUUCCAGUUGAAGUUAUCAACCUUUUCUUUUUGAGGUAUCUGAGUUUGAAAGGUACCAAGGUGAAAACCAUUCCAAAGUUCAUCGGGAAGCUUCAAAACCUGGAGACCUUGGAUCUUAAACAUUCUCUGGUUACUGAACUCCCAGUUGAAAUCUUGAAACUUGAACAUCUACGUCAUCUCCUGGUAUAUCGUUAUGAAUUUGUACCUUAUGGAGAUUUUCACUCAAAAUAUGGUUUCAAGGUGUGUGCGAAAAUUGGGGUUUUGACAUCCCUUCAAAAGCUCUGUUUCAUCAAAGCAAAUGAAGAUGGUGGUGCCAUAUUGAGAGAGCUCAGGCGCCUAGUUCAGCUGAGAAGGUUAGGGAUUGUACAAAUGAGGAAAAAAGAUGGAAAAGUUCUUUGCUCAUCGAUCGAAAAGCUGACCAGACUUUGUGCGUUGUCCAUAACUUCAGUGGAAGAGGAUGAGAUCAUUGAUUUGCAGCAUCUUUCUUCUCCUCCUCUACUGCUUCAGCGACUCUACUUGCGUGGACGGUUGGAGACAGUACCUCAUUGGAUCCCUUCUCUGCAUAGCCUUGUCAGGUUGUAUCUGAAAUGGAGUAAGUUAAAAGAUGAUCCCCUUGUAUUCCUUCAAUAUUUGCCAAAUUUAGUGCACCUCGAACUCUGUCAGGUGUUUGAAGGAGACACAUUAUGCUUUGAAGCUGGAGGGUUCAAGAAACUCAAUCAUUUGGGUAUCGACGAAUUUGAGGGACUGAAAUGCAUACAAGUGCAGUUUGGAGCAAUGCCUUCUGUAAAAAAGCUAAGCAUCCAGCGCUGCAAAUUAUUGGAGAAGGUGCCAUCAGGCAUUGAACACCUGAGCAAGUUGAAGGUGCUUGAGUUUUUUGAUAUGCCAGAAACAUUGAUCAAUACGCUACGUCCACAUGAGAAGGAUAAUGACUAUUGGAAAGUCGCACACAUCCCAGAAGUUUAUUUCACCUACUGGAAAGAGUGUGGAUGGGAGGUCUAUCCUCUAGAGGGUUUGAGUGAAGGAGAGAAUUUUCCUCAUGAUCAGCCUAGUUCUGUCAUGAAGAGUCAUGAACUUGAAACUCGUUGGAAGUGAUAUUCAGUUACUUGGAUUUGGUAUUGAUCAUCUUGUGUGUGUAUAUUCUUGGAUUUGGUAUUGAUCAUCUUGUAUGUGUGUGUGUAUAUAUAUUCUUGGAUUUGGUAUUGAUCAUCUUGUAUGUG